GCUAAACUGACAUCUGGUUACAAAACGAAGCUUAAGUAUAUUGGCAGAAACCUUGAUUUGUUUAUCAUAAGCUUGAGAGAUUGACAUAAAAGUUUAUUUCAAAUAUCGACAUUUUCUUGGGCGCAGACAUCACAGGGCGGUGACAUUUACUCUGCAGACGACAGUAAAGCGUAUUGGAGAAAGUCCGUUACUACUGACCGCGCAAUAAUCAAUUCCGUCAGUGAAAAUGCUUGAACAGCUUCAGAUGUGGCAUUAAUUCAAUCUGAUGAAUCUUACAUGUACGUUUAUAUGCUAAGACGCAAGUCUCAAACACAAAAGAAAUUCUGGCUCUCUAAUAAUACUAAAAAGAAACAUAUACAUUAUGGAUUACUUCAUUGUGGAAUUCUGCUUAGAUAGCCCGCAGUAAAUGUAUUUCUGCGUCGCUGAGAUUUUUACGAGAGAUUAAAAUCUGUCACCAGAGUCUUGCUUGCUCAUUUAUGUCGGCAUCAAUAUCUAAUAUAGUUCGUUAGCAAGAAUUGAUGUCUCCUAGAUAUUGCUGUACAUCGAAGUCUGGCGCUCAUCUAAGAAGAAAUAUGAUACAUAUAGUUUCAAGAAAUUCCAGAGGGAUUAGUUAAAAUAUUGGUAUUCCAUAUAUGUGUGCAUUGCAUAAUUCUGUCAACUGAAGAGGUGUGAAAAUUUCUGAGUUUUAAGUGUGGAAUAUAAAUAUUUUACUUUCAUUUACUAACUACGUUUUUCUGCAAAUUAGUUUGGUUGGAUUGGAUAUUAUCAAAAUGCAAGUUGUUUAUAGUGGUGGUUCUACUCCAACACCCUCUCCAAGACUACAGCGGAAGCAUAACCCUGCAUACGGACGUCCUUUAUUCAUUGGACACCCAGGGGGUAAGAAUACUCCGCCAAUCAGUCACCGCGCCGCAUCCAAAGAAACAAAAGAGAGCGCAGACACUGACUCUUCAUUAAGAGACUCUAUACCCGCCAUGACAAAACCCGUGGCCAUCACAUGCCUCGUGCUCAAUAUAUUGCUACCUGGGUUAGGUACAUUCACAGCUGGGCUAACAGUGUUAUGUGGGAGCACCAUCAGAUUUAAAGACAUGACAAAACAAAAGGUCAUCUUUUCAAACACAUGGGUAGCGUUUCUACAGUUCAUUACAGCUUUUCUUUUUCUGCUUGGCUGGAUAUGGAGUAUAGUGUGGGGAGUGGCGUUCAUCACAAUAUCAACGGAUUACUACAAAAACUUUAAGAGGGAAAAUCAUCACACAAAGUUUCCUCUUGGAGAGUCUGUAGAUAUGGGUUACUCCAAUGGUUCUACGCCAACUGGAAUAAACAAGACUGGAAAUUCACCUGGUCUUAGUGGCACACGUUCUCACCUUCAAAAACCAGUUAUGCUCCGCUCGUCAUCUGCAGACCAACCUUGCCAUCCUCUUAUAGUGUUACAAAAAGCACCUGUCAUAAGUCACUCUGAAACAUCGUUAGCAUCACGGCUUAUUUACCAUGAACCGAAAGCUCGUCAUCAUCAACGGCAUCAAAAACGGCAAUGCUCAGAUGAGGAAUUAUCUCCCCUUAAUUUGGAACAAAUCGUAAUACAUAACCUUCCUAAAGCUCCUGUUCGUCGCGGAAUACUGAGACGUGAAGAAACUAUUACAAGCAACGCCAGCUCAGUGUCAUUUUCAGAUGUAGAAAACCUUUGCUCAUAAUUUAAAAAUGACAAAGUACACACUGCGGUUGUGUCAUUUAUUGUGUUGCAAAACAAUUAAUGAAAUAACGUCACAACUCACAACAUAACAUGUAUAUAAUAUUACUUAUAUUGUAUAUACAAUAGCGAGAUAAACAAGAGAAAUAUGAUAUAUAAUGACAUAGGCUAUGUCAUUCAAAGGUGUAUAGGUGAUAGUAAAUAUACAUGUCAGAUGUUGCCCAUAUUUUUUUCAUUUAAAGAUAAAAAAAUGUUAAUAUAUAUGAAAUGUUGGGAAAGGUAACGCCUUUACUUUUUUAAACAUAUACCUGUAUAUAUUUGUUUUAACUACAAAAUAUCCCUUCAUUGUUACGUUUUUUUGUAAUAAACUUUACCUUUCAACUCCUAUAAUGCAUCCAACCUCGUGUUCGUUCUAUGAGCCGACCCAAUAUUUUAUUUCGUUAUAAAGAUGUUCCAACAUAUCUAUUGAGAGAAAAAUUAAGUUAAGACGAAGGAAAGAACUAGAAAUUUAAUCAGUGCAAUUUUGGUUUAAAUUGUAAUAGAGUGAUAACAGUGACGCCGGCGAACUCAUGCAUGGCAUUUUCAUGAAUUAAAUGCAAUGGCGAACAUUUUAAGAAACUUCAGUUGAAGCCUCUUAGUCUAAACAUAGUUUAAUCAGGUUCUAUUUUGUUUACAUGGUAUUUUACACAGGUCACUGUAACACAGUUUCACUCAUCUGUCAUUCAAUUCAGUUUCAGCGUAGGCACAGUCAGUAACAUGAAAUCUGAUAAUUAUUUGAUAACUUUUAAAUUGCACAUGUUAACUUAAACCUUAAAAUAGGCAAUAUGCUGAUAUGGCCAACCUUAGUCAAUGCUCAUUGCACACAAGGCACCGAUAUUAUAGUAGAUAUUGUUUUGAAGUGUGAUAUAAACACUAUAUUGAGUAACUUCACACUUGACAUCACACUAGAAACAAACAUAUUUCUAAUUUGAUAAUCUUGCCUACUUAAA